AUGACCACCACCGUUCAGUCCAACUUGAUCCAUAACUCUCAAUUUCUGCCUUCCAGCGCUUUAGGCAGGACUAGCUGCAGCACUUCCCCGCUUACCCCUCAGACCAACAACCCUCGAACACCCUCCAUCCGUUUUGCACCCCUACCCGAUCCGCGUGCCAGUCGGGCUAACGUUCCUGGGGGCUGUGGCGGCUCGGACGUUUGGUGGUCGAGAGAGGAGAAACCGGAUGGAACCUGGGGCGAUUAUCGACUAGUCGUUCGCAGGCCAAAUGGAGAAAUCAUCGCUAUCGAUGACCUCGCCCUCGACUCCCCUGAACGCACCCAAGCACUUGCAACCUAUCGACAGCAACAGACCAAAAUCUCAACAAACCAUCACACCGUACCUACCUUGAACAAUUCUAGUCCCUCAGAUCAUCGCGAUUCAUCAAAUCAUCAGCUUCCCGAUCGAUCACUAACAGCAGAACCCUUGAAGCUGUCAGAUCAGACUACAUCUCAAACCGACAGUCGAUUUGGAAAACUCCUUCCUCCACUCGUCACCCAGUCUUCAAAUCCAACAAGCACCACUCCAGUCACAUGUCCGACACCUGCCGGAUCAGGUGGUCCAACCAUUCCUCUGACCCUAACUCGAACAACCUCCCGCGAGUCAACUUAUUCGAACCAUUCCACUGCGUCGAACUACAAAGCCGGCUCAACAUCCUCCCUAACCAGGAAAUUCAUUGAGGCCAUGAAAAAGCCACUUGCCAAGCACUCACAUCGACUAACCCCGACAAACAGUCUUCCAAUCGAUUGCGAGUCGGUCAGACGAGUCAGGCGGUAG